UUUUGCGUAACAUUCGAGUCUCCAACUGACCAAUCAGCGUCGUUCCUCGUCAAAAAACUUCCGCUUUGCUAACCAGUUUGCCUUUCCAGUGGAACGGUCGGUGUGAGCACACAUCUGAGUUUAUCAUCCACGUAGCUCAGAGGGAAAACCACCCAUAAAGAUGCCUCCGAAAAAGACCGAAGCCCCGAAACAGCCUCCAUUAAUCGGGCGAUUUGGAACAUCUCUGAAAAUUGGAAUCGUGGGAUUGCCUAAUGUUGGAAAAUCAACAUUUUUCAACGUUCUGACUAAAAGUCAAGCAGCAGCUGAAAACUUCCCAUUCUGCACAAUCGACCCAAAUGAAAGCAGGGUUCCGGUACCGGAUGAACGCUUCGAUUUCCUCUGCCAGUAUCACAAACCAGCCAGUAAAGUUCCUGCUUUCCUGAACGUCGUGGACAUCGCCGGUUUGGUGAAAGGAGCUCACGCGGGGCAGGGACUUGGAAACGCCUUCCUGUCCCACAUCAGUGCCUGCGACGCCAUCUUUAAAAUGACUCGUGCAUUCGAUGAUGAGGAUAUCAUCCACGUGGAGGGCAAUGUGGACCCGGUGAGAGACAUUGAGAUCAUCCACGAGGAGCUGCGACUAAAGGACGAAGAGAUGAUCGGUCCGAUCAUCGACAAGCUAGAGAAAACGGCUGUCAGGGGAGGAGAUAAGAAACUCAAACCUGAAUAUGAUACCAUGAUGAAGAUAAGGAACUGGGUGGUGGACGAGAAGAAGCACGUCAGAUUUUACCCUGAUUGGAAUGACAAAGAGAUCGAGGUUUUAAACAAAUACCUGUUUCUGACAUCUAAGCCCAUGAUCUACCUGGUUAAUCUUUCAGAGAAGGAUUACAUUAGAAAAAAGAACAAAUGGUUGGCAAAAAUCAAAGAGUGGGUAGAUGUUCAUGAUCCUGGUGCCGUGGUCAUUCCCCUGAGUGGAGCUUUGGAGUCCAAACUGCUGGACAUGGAGGAGGAGGAGAGGAAUAAAUACUGCGAGGAACAAAAAACACAAAGUGUUUUGACCAAAAUAAUAAAGACGGGUUAUGCCGCGCUGCAGCUGGAAUACUUCUUCACAGCGGGGCCAGAUGAGGUGCGAGCGUGGACCAUCAGGAAAGGUGCCAAAGCUCCUCAGGCUGCAGGAAAGAUCCACACAGACUUUGAGAAAGGCUUCAUCAUGGCCGAGGUCAUGAAGUACUCCGACUUUAAAGAGGAGGGCAGCGAAAGUGCAGUAAAGGCUGCUGGGAAAUACAGACAACAGGGCAGGAACUACGUCGUGGAGGACGGCGACAUUAUAUUUUUCAAAUUCAACACACCCAACGCACCCAAGAAAAAAUAACAGGACUGCGCCUUUUACUGUGGGAGGUACAGCCCAGUGAAAUCCCAAGGAGUUGCGCUGUGUUGGUUUUCACUCUUCUCUUUUGAAUUUUGAGUGGUCAUGGUUCUGUGAACAGGUAAAUGAUGCAUUCAAAUUUCCAAACCUGUCUGACACUUAAACUGUUUUACUAUUUAAAGUCUGAGGAGACAACUCGGCUACAAGUGUGAGCAUAAAUUUAGUGUGGUAAGAAAGAAGCCACUGUUUGUGUUAAAUAUAAAAUCUCUUUCCUGACUAUUAUAAAACUCAGAUGCUUAACUGAGACUUUUUUUUGUUCAUAUUUUGUAAUUAUUUAGACUAUGAAUUGACAUUAGAAUGAUAAACUAAUUGGCAGUUUUCUUUUGCAGGCUCACUUCUUUUGAUCAACUUUUACAUUUUGGUUGCAAAUUUUAAAGAAAGUAAUCAAUAAAACAUCACGGAUGUCUUUUUUUUUUUUUUAUCUAGAAAAGAAUGAAAACCAUCAUUCCACGUUUUGCUGAGGGAAAUGCUGUGCAGUUUUGGAAAUUUUUUAAAAGAGCGGCCUGCUACAGUGCUUGAUGAAAUGCCCGAACCGAAAUGUUAUAUAAGCUGCUUUUAUUGACUUGUUUUGGUUUAAAAGAAACACAUUUUCACAACACAUUUUCACAUUAACUUCAUCUUGCCGGUUGGAUCUUUAUUGGACCGUACAACAGAAAAGCCACUGAUAUUCAUUGUUGCUGCCUCCGCCAUGUGAAUGUGUUUAUUUACGCUCAAUCACCUUUCAAACCUCCUGGCACAUUGUGGACUCAAAUGGGGAAAAAAGUGAGGAGUACUUAAUGUCAGCUUAUCAAGAUGCAUGUGCCAAUAAAAACAGGGGAAAAAUCUA